AUGCGAAGGUUCUCAGCUUCUCUGGGCAACCUAGUCGGCACCCUUCCUGCGGUUAUAGCCGCGUUACGGGGUCCAUUGGGAGAGUCGGUGAGAGUUCGGAUACCGGGAACCGUGUUGGUGGAGCGGAUGGGGGACGCUAUCAAAGAACUCAACCAGGAGCAUGCAAUAUCGGUGGAGAUUCUGAAGGGGAUCCUUCCCCCGUCAUGGGUUGAGUGGGCCUUAGAACCGACAGGAGAAACCGGAAGGCGUCAGCCCACCGUUGCAGAACUGGCAGCACACGAUGGGGAAUCUACUACGCCGAGGAAAGCCCAGCACAAACUGGGCAAGGCGAUUAACAAGAUACAACUUGAAAAGUUCAUGGAGUCUCUGGAGCACCUCCCCCAGGAGGCGGUACCACCCACGCGGGACAACCCCUACGGAGGUCAAGAGGCCAGGAACAUGGCAUACGCACGAACGAGAAGCUCGCAAGGGCAAGGGGGGCACGCGUUCCUGAGAGCGGCUCCCACCGACCGAGCUCGAGAGAUUCCAUCGAACGAAUUCGUCUACGCGACGAGACGCGCCUUGGGAGUUGAAGAAUUCUUGGCGGAAAGAUGUCCCAGGUGCCACAGAGGCAGGGAAGGCGAGAUCAUCACAACGGUGCACGCAAGGACCUGUCGAAGGGAUGGAGCACAGGUCAACAUGCACGAGCCGUUAAAAUACGCACUAUCGAGAGCACUCAACGGCCUUCGCGUCAAACACGACGUUGAAAGCGGGGCACCGUUCACGGGGGAAAGAAACCUGAGCAUGGACAUCGUCAUCAGGCCAGGAGCCCUCACGAACGCAUCUUCUCCGGGGUACCGCAACAAAGGAAUACUCCUCGAUGUCACACACGCAGACCCGCAAGCACAGGUACACUUGCGGAACGGCAGCGCGACCAGCGAUGGAAUCGCAGCCCAAGCAUCCGAGGCGCGAAAGCGUCAGCACUACGCUCGUCCGGGACACGUGUCCUUUGACGAACGCAGCUUUAAACUUACCACCUUAGCCGUGGAAAGCUUUGGCCGCCUUGGAGAGGAGGGUUACGAGUUCAUCGAUGAACUUGCGACACAUGCCGUGGGAGGAAGGGACGGAGGAACGAUGGCUCUGAAAGGAGUCUUCAAGGAACGACUUCUUCAGAUCGUUUCGGUGGCUACACAGGUGGCCAUAUCUCGGCGAGUGCAGAGGUACAAGCUCGCAUUGCGCGGGCGUCAAGACGCCGAAAACAGGCGAACAAGAUCGACCUCGGACCAGUCAACGCCAAUGAUAUGGGGAUGGAGUGUAGACGCAUCGUAGAACGCGUUUUCGUUUGAAGUUGACGUCUUGUUUGAGAGUAGAUGUGACAGAUUUGCGUAGAAUAGGGUAAGAUGUUAUCAUGAACGGAGAUGAAAGGGCUUUUCCAACACGGAGAUGUAGCAUGGAUCAAAGCAUUUGUUGGAUUUCAGCUUUUACAAGCGGACAUCAACGCAGUAGUACUUUAGCAAGCUUACGAACGCAUAU